GAUUGUUUUCAUGUGUGCUGAGUGUGUGACAAGUGCGCAAUAGCGCAGUGGCACAGCUUAGAGGGAACAUUGUUCAAGACUACACAAAAUAAGCGACGUCUUUCAAUAACUAUAUAUUUCUACUCAUAACAAAUGUUACGUGCAUGAUUUUUUGUGCUCGACUGUGCAGAUUUGCGAGUGCGAUGGCGCGUAGGCGCAUAUGCGCCCGUCAAAUCACAGUGACUGUAACUGUAUUUGUUCUACUAUUUAAGUAUUUAAGUCAAAAUAACUGCUGUGAGAAAAAAAUUUGAAUCAGCAACUGGUGAAACACCUUUGGAACUUAUUAGGGUUAGAAUUAAAUUUCAUGCACAAAGUAUCUGAAAUCAUGUAAUCAUAUUGCAUUGCGUUCUGACCGGCAAAUUUCCUUUUCUCCUGUAGCCAUGGACCUAACUCAAAGUUCUACUAUCUGAAAAGAGCUGGGUGAGCUUUGUGGGCCCGAGCCAUUUUGUGCCCACCAGCCACCAUAAAAUUACUUGAACCAGGAAACCUCACAUCUAUUAGUAGAGUUCACCCAGCACAAACAUGGCAGACAAGGUGCUCUACAGUACACCAAAAGCCACCAAUCAGCCCACAGUGGUUCCAGUACUCCCCCCUGAACCCAUCGACAUCAUCCGCGUCAAGGCACGAUCUCGGCGAGUCAGGCUCAACGUUGGAGGUCUAAUGCAUGAAGUUUUAUGGCGAACGCUGGACCGCCUACCCAGAACCCGUCUGGGACGGCUUAGAGACUGCAACACCAACGAGUCAUUGCUGGAGGUCUGCGAUGACUACAGCCUCACUGAAAAUGAAUAUUUCUUCGACCGCCAUCCUGUUGCCUUCUCUUCUAUUCUCAACUUCUACAGAACUGGGAAACUGCACAUGAUGGAGGAAAUGUGCGCCCUGUCUUUUGGCCAGGAGCUCGACUAUUGGGGCAUCGAUGAGAUCUACCUGGAGUCAUGCUGCCAGGCACGGUACCACCAGAAGAAAGAACAGAUGAAUGAGGAGCUAAGGAGGGAGGCAGAGACUCUGAGAGACAAGGAAGGGGAGGAGGAGGAGGAACUGGGCUGCUGUCCUGACCAGAGGCAGAAACUCUGGGAUCUCCUGGAGAAACCCAGCUCAUCUGUGGCAGCAAAGAUCCUGGCUAUGAUCUCCAUCCUAUUCAUCAUUAUUUCUACAAUUUCAUUGUCGCUCAACACUUUGCCAGAGCUGCAAGUUGUGGAUGAAUUUGGCCAGUUUAAUGACAACCCAAGUCUAGCCCAUGUGGAAGCGGUAUGCAUUGCCUGGUUCACUAUGGAGUACUUGUUGCGCCUGCUGUCAGCACCCAACAAGUGGAAUUUCAUCAAAGCACCACUAAAUAUUAUUGAUUUGCUGGCUAUAUUGCCUUACUAUGUGACACUCUGCCUCACUGAAUCUAACAAGAAUGUAAUGCAGUUCCAGAAUGUACGCCGUGUGGUCCAAAUCUUCAGAAUAAUGAGGAUUCUGAGGAUACUGAAGCUGGCCAGGCACUCCACGGGACUCCAGUCUUUGGGCUUCACUUUGCGAAGGAGCUACAAUGAAUUGGGUCUGUUGAUCCUCUUCCUAGCUAUGGGCAUUAUGAUCUUUUCUAGCUUGGUUUUCUUUGCUGAGAAAGAUGAGGAUGCCACCAAAUUCACUAGCAUACCUGCCUCUUUCUGGUGGGCUACAAUUACAAUGACCACUGUUGGUUAUGGAGACAUAUACCCUCAAACCUUGCUGGGGAAGAUUGUUGGAGGGCUCUGCUGCAUAGCCGGUGUGUUGGUCAUUGCCCUUCCUAUUCCAAUCAUUGUCAACAACUUCUCUGAGUUUUAUCGAGAGCAGAAGAGGCAGGAGAAGGCUAUCAAGAGGAGAGAAGCACUUGAAAGAGCCAAACGAAGUGGGAGUAUCGUUUCUAUUAAUCCCAAAGAGGCUUUUGCACGUAACAUGGAACUCACAGAUGUGCUGAUCGAAAAGAAGGAAGAUAGUAAGUGUCCAGUGGACAACCACUUGUCACCAAGUCGCUGGAGUUACCAUAAACGCUACUCCAAUGCAGAUUUAGGCAGCCCAAGCCAAUCAAAACUCUCAUCACUUUACCAGGAAGUGGGCUCACCUGAUGGACCUAAGCCCUCGACUAACAAAGCCAUCUCUCAAAACCUCAGCAUUAAGACAGUAGAAUGUGCUUAUGACAAGGCAACUCUUUUCCAGGAGAAGGACGACAAAUGUAUUGAGGAAAAGGUGGGGAUGAACAUGUUACAAGGCCCCCAAACCCAAGAAACUCCAUUAACCAGAAGUGCAAGUACAUUCAACAACAUGGCUGAGGAUUUUUCAGGAGAAAGAGAAGAAAAAAGUUCUGUGAUUUCCAGUGUUGCGGUUACUCAAAGUAGUGCAAGACAUCUGUGUGCACCCCCUCCAUUGGACCUGAGUCAGAUUAGUGCAGUGGAGACACAUAAGACCACUGACAGCACCCAACCAGUGACAAUUAUAAAAGAGGGGUUGUACAAGUUUGUGUCCAGCCCCAGCGUGAACACCACUUCAGACAGCACCUGCAGCACUUCAACAGAUUAUGGGACCGUGCAAAAGACAACAGAACACAAAGUUGACCUCAUUGGAAGCCAAGAUGAUGUGCUUAUGGCAGUGAUGAAACCAUUGGCCACCUCCGCCUCUGCUGGCACAGCCAAGCUCUCUCAGAAAUUGUUAGAUGACAGGGUUUCCAGAUUUUCAUCACGGCUCAGCUCUGGAACACAAGACACUAAAUCCCCACUGGCCCUGCUACAAUCUCCAUCCCUGGUUGGGCAAUCUGUUAGUCCAAGCAAUUCUCAGGGGGAAGGUGAAGGCUCAGCAACCAAGAGAUUAGAAGGUGAAGGGCAGCUCAGAGGCUUAAGCCAUCAGAGGAAGAAUCACAUGGAGAAGUCUACUAUCAGAUCAGGAAGCUGCACUAGCCCUCUGUCAAAGACCAACUUGCUCAAUUGUUCCCAGGAGCUGGUAACUAUGGAGGGAGGGGGAAGGGAGGCAGCACCUCAGGUUGGGGAGAGACAAGAAAACCACAUACUAGAUAGAAGUCUGUCACCCUCGAAUGAAACUAGCAUGUGAGCCCAAGUGUACAGGGCUUAAUUAAGUGAAGGGGUAGGGCUACUGAAAAUUACCAUAACUCUAUGGAAGGGAUGAACUUUUGUCAUAUCCCUCUCAGUACUUCUACUACUACAAAUUAUUGCCUGAUAUGUGUGUAUCUCUGAAUAUGAGGAAAGUAGGGCAUUCCUAUAUACUGCCAGUGUACAAUCUAAAGAACAUUGUCACAAGAAAGUACGUUUAUUUUUACAUUAACACUUAGGGCUCUAUUUUUGUGACCGGUGUAAAUCCAAAGUGGCAAGUGGUGCAAAUUUUUGUGGAGGUUGGUUAGACCAGAAUUUCGUGAUUUUGCAGACAUGUUUAUGAACGGAAUAUUUAAAAAUUGGUGGUCUGCACCAUUGUGGGAGUGAACACAUCUGACUUUAUUUAGCGUGUAUCAAAGCAACUCCUCUCAUUCCCUUUAAAUGCAUCACAAUGACAGUCUCGCAUGGAGACCUGGAAUCGUCGUGCAGAAGAGGAUGCAGUGAGACUGGAGCUUUGCCACUGCUGUUGGCUUUUGUGACAUUAGAUAAUGUGAGUGAUUACGCUUAUUAAAUACAGAAUGAGCUCAUGUUAAAUAUUUCUUCACACUUAAUGUAUCUGUCUCCACCCCAGAUCAUUUGUGCCCACGGCAUCCCCAUUAACUAAGUGUUGGCCAAAUGGAUGAUUGAAAAAUACAUACAUUUAUUCAUCUUCCUUUCUGCUUAUCCUCAAUGCGAUCGUGGGCAUGCGAGAGUCUACCCCAGCAAUCUUCGGGUGAGAGUACAUCCUGAACUGGUCACCAGCGAAUUGCAGGGCACAUACUGUACAACAAACAAACCAUUCAUACUUACGGGCAGUUUAGAGUUUAAAAAAAAAACUACCUUCCAUGUUUUUGGGAUGUGGGAAGAAACCGGAGUGCCCGGAUAAAAACCCAUGCAGGCACAAUCUGAAUCACGCUAGACCAGGAGUCUACCUAUUGUGCCGGACUUGCGUUCACAGCAGGUAUAAGGUUAGACUGACUUUCUGCCACCAAGAUGUCACGUGCACAAGAGGCUGUCAAAGGCUGGAGCUCCGGUACAACUAGCUUGCUGCAGACCGGUUUGCCAAAUUAGCAUACACACACAGCAAGCCUUACACUAGAAUGUCCCGCCACAAAUACAUCGACUAUGAAAAUAGAGCCCUCAGAAAACCCUAAUCAUAUCUGACCACAGACAUCUUUACGUGUGAACAUAAACAAAGCUGCGAGUGAAUGGACAUAAAAUUUGUCAUCCGCACAUCCAGUGCAUCCCUUUCUAUUAUUUUAUAUUUGGACUAUGACACUAAUGCAUACAGUACAUAAUAAUUCAGUAAAUGUAUCUUUCACAAUACAUGAAUAUUUGCUCCAUGACUCAUCAGUCUCUCAGGUAUUACAUAAUAUAUUUGAAAUGCACCCCGAAACAUUGUCAAACAUUGGUUGAUCCAUGCUGUAUAUUUGUAUGCAUGUACAGUAUUUAAUUUUUUUACCCCCUUUUCUAUAAUGCCUCAAAAUAAGUUACAGUAUGUCACGGGGACGAAUGAGGAACAGUAAGUUAUUCUAUUUGAUCUUUGUACAGAGGGGGACAAUUAGAGAGUAACGAGUUUAUAAAGAGUAAUGAUUUAUCAAAAACUGAAUAGACUUAUUAGAUCGUGUCACAUUAUCUCACUUUGAAUGGAGUCAUGAAACUCUCCCCCGAGUUCCAAGUCUGAGGCUCCUGUCAUAAAGAGUGUCAUAGAAAAUCAAGGGGCCUUGACACAUUCCAGAGCCCAUCACUUACUCACGUGUAAGUAAAUGCACUUGUGCAUGCAUUUAAACUAUUUGGUCUCUAUGAGACUUGUUUAUCUUUUAAUCUAAUCGUGUUUAUUGUAUGUUUGCCAUCAUUGUCAUUUGAGUUUGGAUCUCUUUGGGCCAGUUUAGUUGGUGCCAUCUGAAAUAGGUGUGUAGGCCAAGAAACAUAAGCAAUAAAUGGCCCAGUGCUUUGCCCAAUAUUUUCUUAUAUGCAAAUGAUAUUAUGUUAGUGUCUGAUUUAUUGUCUUAUUUUCUCUCACAUUGGAAUACUGAUGCCAGAGUCUAUCCAGAGUGCUAACCAAGGCUUCAGUCUCUUACAAUAUAAAUUAAAUGCAUAAUGUCAAAUGAAGUUAUGGAUUAAACUCUUGAUUUGACAACAGAGGAUUACUAAUUGUAUACGUAAUUUCAACAUUCAUGAAUCUGAAUUACUUUGACAGUUCAAAUCACAAAAGGUGUGAAUUAAUCUGAGGGAAUUUGUCCAGUAUGUUAUCUCACUGGACCUUUAACAAUGUCCACUUUAUUUUGAACAAACUGAUCAACCCAGAUUCUUACAAAGAUACACCAGUGUUUUGUGGAAGUAAUAGCACGUUUCACCAAUUUGCUUGCAAGUCCCGUAAAGGCUGCACCACACCACACUUUUUGAAAAAUUAUAUUACUUUAUGAAUGUGUGAGUAUGAGUGUUUUUAGAGUUACUUUAAUUAGAAAGAGUUCCCCUUAAUGCCACCUUCAGGAUAACUGAAUGAUGGCAUUUUCACAUCUCAUGAAUGCUUUCUGAUGCAUCACAUGUUCGCAUUAAUGCAUGGCUCACAUUUGUAUUAUCUAUCAGAUUCCCUUGUAUGGACAAAAUGUCAUAGAGAUGUAUAUUUUGAGCAUUGGUACAAACACAUUAAACAUGAACCAUGAAAUGUGGGUGUAAAUACAUACACAGACUAUGUGGACUGACGCAUCUCAAUUCUCAUACCAGUGAUUCACUGUAUUUUUAUAAGACAACGGCGCUGCAUUUUUUUUUUGACAACUAGAUACAUUUAAACAUGGGUGCCUUUUCAUAAAUAGACCAUUUAUGAGAAGGUGGAAGAAAAAAAACUGUACCGUAAGAGUAAGGAUAUUUUCUUUUUUUAUUAUUUAAUGGACACAUGUUGAUAUGCAAAUCCUCUAGUUUUGUCGGACUUGAUUGUUGGACAGUACUUCACUUAACCUCAUUGUUUCUCAUCUAGAAAUAUGGCCUGCAGUUUUAACCUCACUGUGCCGCAACGUCACUAUAAUUUUUGUUUUGAGUUUGCUAGUAAAUUCAGCUUGAAACAAAUGUACUACACCAUCGCAAUUACAAUGUGUAUGCAGUGCACUACUGAUCUAAGUAUACCACUCAUACAGUCAGGCCUUAGUAGGUGUCCUUCACCUGCAGCAUCUGUAAAUAGAUCCAAUGUGGUUGGAUUACAUUCAAUAAUUAAGAAAUGUAACUAUGAGAUUAAAAAAUCACAAUAUUAACUGAUGAAGUCACAUUUAUAAUACUUUAGUCUUGUCAAAGACAAAGUUGUACACAACCACAUUUAACACAAACUGUAUGUGCAAGUGUUGCCAUCAUCAUCUAAAUAUUGCAAAUGGCCAACAAACCUUGACAAUUGCCCCCCCCCCCAUAUUUCAGUUCACCAACAGUUGUUUUUGUGAGAUUUGUCAUCUUUCUAGUGUAACAGAAAUGUAAUAAUUAGUCAAGUGCAUUAAUUGAG